GUGGUGACGUAAAACCUACUGAAAUCCUCAAACCUCAGGUGACCGUCAGAAAAUAAACACCUCCUGUCUUUCUCCCUCAUAUAUCAGCAACAGAGCGUGUUGAUUAAUUAGCUUGUUACCAAGCUGUGUUUCAAUUAGCCAAAGUUAAUUAAUCCCCUGCUCACCAGAAAAUGCAUGUUCAGCUACUGGGCCAAAAGGUGCCACUAUUUGUGGAGAAAUAUCUUUCAUAGGCAGUAUCUUAAUUGAACUAGCCUGGGGGAGAAGUUUGGGGAGCUGCUUCUGAACUUAGUGAGGUCAGUAUCCUCAGAUAAAGACACAUCUUGGGAUUAGACAUAUUGGCCCUAAAGAGGUGGGCUCAAAUGUAGCCAAUGAUAAACAAGAGGGAUCAGAGACAAGGGACAUUUGAUGGAGUAUCAAGCGCAAGGACACUGGUGGUACCAAAAAGACGACUAGCUUUAGGAGUAUAGGCAUUACCUCUAUGUAACAGGUCACAGGACAGAUUAGUUACAAGAUUUAUCCAUGAUGAUAGCCAAUAACACAGUCUCAUACAUUAAAAGGGUACCAUCGGGUCAGUUGGAAGGUGUCCCGAUGGCUUUAUACUUAGUCCUGGUGCUGCUUGGCAUUCUGGGAAACGCCAUGGUGAUCUUGGUGGUAGGGAACAAUAUUUUUCGGGAGCCUGGAGGGGGACGCAACUCCGACAUGAUCCUGGUCAACAUGGCCUUAUCUAACCUGCUGGUGUCAGUGAUGAGGAACGUCCUGCUGGUCACCUCAGACUUUGGACUCGAGGUGUUAUCCAAUAAGGAUUGGUGUCAGUUCCUGAUGGGCAUGUGGGUCUGGCUACGUUCAGCAAAUGUUUGGUCGACGCUUUUUCUCAGUGCAUUCCAUUUUUACACUUUGAAAAGGGUAGGCCCUCCCAUCGCUAGUCUAAACCCAUCACGUGGUCCUCCCAAAGCCCUAUUAAUGUGCUUUGGUCUCAUCUGGACCCUCAAUCUCCUCUACUCUGUCCCUGCUUUCCUGUACUCCACAAAUGGAGGCAAGAAUGCCAGUGAGACACUGAUGUUAGUGAGCAGUACAACCCGUCCUUUACUCGGCUGCUUGUGGGAUUUUCCCUCCACUUACAGUGGGCUUGUAUUUGCCACCACAUCCAUGGUGAUCCAUGAGGUCAUCCCCCUCAUCCUCAUGAUCAUCACCAACCUGAGCUCCCUCCUCAUACUGUACGCACACGGAAACGCACACAACGCUGCCAAUAAGAGUCAGGAUGCUCCCAUCAUACGCAGAGUGCCGGCAGAGAGACGUGCAGCCAAGGUCAUUCUAGCCUUGAUCAUUUUGUUCAUCAUUUCCUGGGGUGCCAGUGUCAUCUCACUGAACUACUUUAACUACAACCGUGGCGCCUCAUCUGCAUACCUGCUGGUUCUUGCACGUUUCUCCAAUAGUGCCUUUAUUGCCUUCUCCCCCAUCAUACUGGCUGUGGGACACCGUAAACUCCGAGAGUUCAUAAAGUCUAUUGUCAAGUAA